GAAAGCGAGAGCAGCUGGCAAGCUUCUUUCACCGGUAGCUUCUUUCACCGCCCAAGGCUUCAAUUGCCAGUUCCUGGACUUCGACGUUCAGCACGUUGAAACUUGAAUCAAGAUAGGUAGUCGAUUGGCGUUCGCUGUACAUGGAGUUUGAGCACGGAAGGAUACUACCUACUUAGCGCCCGUAUGCCUGAAAGGUUGGAGGUUUGUUGACUCAAUUGCAUGGUGAACUUAAGAGAAGUAGACGGUAUGUAGGACCGGUUGGGUUUGGAAUGCAUCAAAGAUGGCGUUGUCUGUGAAAAUGUCGCUUUCGCAAGGUCUAGACGUGUUCUGCGCGGCAGAAGCAGGGUGUUACACACGCCAGGGUCGCCGGCCAUCUUGCUCAGGUAGAAACCCUAAUCCAACGCUCUGCAUUUUGAAUUACAACUUGUCUCCUGUUAGAAGGUCAGCAUUCUCUGUACUCUCCUCUAGGCCACUCGCAUGGGUGGUCAAUGGCAGGUCGAGUUUCGUGCCCCGUGUCAGGCUUCGCAAUGCUGGUACCCGUGCUUCGGAAGCGGACGAGGGGCUCGAGACGUUCGACUGGGGGGAGGGGAGCAUCGUCAUCCCCAAGUUCAACGAGAACUACUUCCCUGUUGAUGAGAAUGGAGCAAUCAUCGACAUUCCUUCCCCACGGAAGAAGAAGAAGCCUAAGCAGGUGACAGCAAAGUUGGACGCGGACGGCAACCCGGUGGUUCGGAGGAAGCGCACUUCCCGCCCAAAGGAGGUGCCGAUCAACCCGGACCCUGAUUCGGACGAGAAGGGGCCGCGGCAGCUUCGGACGGCAAAAGACAUCGGCCAGGCGAAACAGGCAGCGAAACUGGCAGUGGUCAGGCGGGCCAAGGCGAAAGAGGCGGCAGCAAGAAAGAGGGCGAGAGAGAGAGCAAAAGCGGAAGCGACGAAGGCGACUGAGUCGGAGUCGGGGCAGGACGAGGAGGGGGGUGCGGAGACGCAGGAAGAAACAGAGGCUGAGAUAAGUGAAACGGCUCCGCCUGCGUCAGAGGAACCUCAAGAUGACCCUUUUGCCGAGGAGGACGAAGACGCGCUUCUCGCGGAGCUCGAGGAACUAGAGGCGCGUGCUGAGAUCAGCGAGGCUGGGCGGCGCCAGCUGGCGGCGCUGCGGCGCAACCGCAAAGGGCGGCUGAUGAGCGAGCUGCGGGCGACCACGCUGAAGCAGUUGUCGCACAAAACGGAGGAGAAACGCGUGGAGCUGCUGGCGAUGAGCUCGAAGGUCGAGAAGCGGUGGUACGUCGUCAACUGCACGGUCCCCGAGGCGGACGUCGCGGCCGCGUUCCGGGAGCGGCUUGCGAUGUACGCGCCAGACGAGGAGAUUGAUGUCCGGACCCCCGAGUUGCCGGCGGUGAAGAUCCUGAAGAACGGCGAAGCGCGCCACUUCAGCACGUUCGUGACGAACAACGUGCUGUUCAUCUGCGCGCGCCUGACGCCGCAGGUGCUGCAAGCCAUGUCCGCAACGCCGGGGCUGUACAACAUCGAAGGGGCGGAGAACAAGGGCGUGAUGAGUGUGGCGGCCGGCAUGCAAGCGGAGCGUUUCGUGAAGAUGAUCGAGGACGCAGAACGAGAGGUGCAGGAAACAGUUGCUGCGGCGCAGGCUAAGAUGGAGAAGGAGAAGGAAGAGGCGGCAAAGAGGAAGGCUGAGGCGGCGGCGGCGAGAAAGGGCAAGAAGGAGCAGACUUUGCCGGAGGAACCUGAGUUGGAAGGCGGGGGGAACGGAGUGCCACAAGAAAGCGAGGGAUUGAUCGAGGCCCCUGCAGCGAAUGUCAAGUAUGCGGUUGGGAGUGACGUCAUGGUGGCGCGGGGUCCGUUUGCGGGGCUGACGGGGGAGGUGACGACGCGGGACGGGGAGAAGCAAGAGUUGAAAGUCAAGAUUAUGAUUCUCGGGCAGUAUACCGAAGUCGACGUCAAGUUUAAAGACGUCCGACCCGUCAAGGCCCCCGCCUCGAAAACACCUGCGUUUGAUCCGUUCCGGCGAGAAGUUCCGCUCCCGUCCAGCAGCGGAGCAACGGAACGGAGACCCGAGGAAAGCCAGUACACUAGCACCUUAGAGUGGGGCCUCAGAGGCUCGGACAACACCGCUUCAUCGAACGGUUUAGAGAAUGAUGCAGACUGGCUAAGGAGCGGGUUAGGGAGCGAAACGGACGGGUCAGGGGUAAACAUGGACUGGUUAAGAAGCGGGUCAAGGGGCGAAUCGGGAAGCGGACAGGACGAGGAAGACGAAACGAACCGGGUGCCGUUGCGGUCGGGGGUGGGAGUCGAGGUCAAAAAGGGGCCGUUCAAGGGGUGCACGGGGCACGUUGUGGAUGUGUUGCUAGAAAAGGGCCUGAUUACGGUCCAAAUUCCGGAUGAAGGAGAGAUUCAAUUUCAGCCCCGUGACGUGUCACCCGAGGAUGGCGGCAGUUGGUCGCUUCCGGAAGGUUUCCAAGUCAUCUCCGCCCCGGUUAAGCAACUAGACUUACCGAAACCCAAAAAGCAGCUCCUGUGGCUGGACGAGGGUGAGGAGGAGGCGGAGCCCAAACGGGAGUUGGGCGCCGAUGGGCGUCCGAAGGAUCCGGACUGGUCGGCGUUUGAGAGGAAGCCACGUGGCGGUGUUGAAAACGAUCUCGAGGCGGAUCGGGCGGACCCGAGGCAGGCUGAGAUUCGGUGGCAGAAGCUAUCAAUUACGACACCGGAAGGGAAAACGAAGAGGCUGAUGGUAAAGUAUUUGGGGACGAAUGGGGAUAACUCGGCGGAGAUGUUGUUGACUGAGGAUUUGGAAGUGGUUACAGCCGUUUGGCGGCGUUUGACGCCGGUGGGGAAGGCGAAGGGUAGGGUAAAGAAGGAGAAGAAGAAAACGAAGGACGCACAGAUGCCCGCUUUUAUGUGAUGAAAGUGAUCCCUGGAAGCAUUAAGGCAUGGCUGGAAUGUUGUACGUUUGAUGGG